AAAGUCCCGGAUGUUGCCUUGUUGGCCUCGUGUUCUGGCGUUAGUAGCGUCUCUGUCGGCGUCGUGUUUUUUCGCUAGCCCCAGGUUUUUCGCUAACCCCAGCCCUUGCGCUGAAAUUGUUCGGAAGUCGUCUCCUCAACUAGUGUUCGAAAAUGAUGUUAAUGUACUACCUGGAUGAAAGUGGCAAUCGAGUGUACACUCUGAAGCAGGUCUCUCCUGACGGAAAGCCGACGACCACGGCGCAUCCGUCGCGUUUUACGCCUGACGACAAGUACUCCAAAUACAGAAUACUCAUCAAGCGUCGUUUCAACUUGCUACCAACGCAGCAGCCGAAGCAAACCUUCUAGACAACAAGCAGCAAGAGAGUUGGGGUGACGGGACCGAAAAGCUAGGGAAAAAAAACAAAAAAACUUCGCUAUUCUUAUUUCUUGUUAGGGUAGUAUUUGCUGAAUUAAGUCGUCAUGGCAGGCCUAGAAGAGGUUGGCAUUCCGGGUCGGGAGUUUCUUCGUGAGGCUCUGACCAAUUGUUCUGACCCACUACGUGCAAUUGAAGAGUUUCAAGAAGAAAAUGGCAUCCUGUUGCCGUCUUUACGUCCUAUGUUGCCUUUGCUUGACUUGCACGGGGUCUGCAGGCUCGAAUUUCACACAUCUGUGUUAGAAGAGUUAAAGGAACGCCUUCUACAGCAAAUUGAAAACCUUGGUAAGCAGGAAGGCCGUGAGAAGGAGAAAAAGCUGAAAGAGAUGUUGCAGAAAAGUUUUCCAGUCAUCAAGGUUCCAGCACUUCGUCCAGUGGUUAUGUGCAUACUCAAAAAUAUGGAGCAUGUAGAAGAGAAGUACCUCAAGCAACUGGUCAGCGAUAAAACCCUUUACAAAGAGUGUGAUGUCCAGGUAAAGCGUCAGAUCUGGCAGGAGCACCAGAGCCUGUUUGGGGACGAGGUGCUCCCACUGUUGUCCCAGUACAUCCGAGAAAAGGAAGAAGCACUGUGGAGUCUGGCACCACCAACAGCUUCUGGUGGCACCACCUCGGAGGCAUCAUCCUUCUUUGGGCCAUCACCCAAGCAGCGGCGCCAGGGUGCAGUUCUACAGCGCCUGCUUGUAAUGGUGGGCCGCAACGUGGUUCUCUAUGACAUGGUGCUCCAAUUUGUGCGCACACUCUUCCUUCGAACACGCAACGUCCACUACUGCACCCUGCGUGUAGAGCUCCUCAUGGCCCUGCAUGACUUGGAGAUCCAGGACAUCACAGCUGUGGACCCUUGCCACAAAUUCUCUUGGUGCCUAGAUGCCUGCAUCCGGGAGAAAAAUGUGGACACCAAGCGAUCUCGGGAGCUUCAAGGUUUUCUUGACAGCAUCAAGAGGGGCCAAGAACAAGUUUUGGGGGAUCUAUCCAUGACACUUUGUGAUCCAUAUGCAAUCAACUUCCUCGCGCAGUCGGCUCUGAAGAUCAUCAACCACUUAAUUAACAUCGAAGGACUUCCUAGAGACAACCAGGUCCUGGUACUAUUGCUGCGCAUGUUGGCUCUUGGGCUUCAGGCAUGGGACAUGAUCAGUACCCAGCAGUACAAAGAGCCAAAGCUGGAUGUGCAGCUUAUCACCAAGUUUCUGCCUGCCUUGAUGUCUCUGAUGGUUGAUGAUCAGGUACGAAGCUUGAGUUCUAGACUGCCCCAGGAUGACCGAGAGUCGGCAAUAACGACGAUUGAGCACUCAGGACCACCUCCUGAUGCAUAUCAGGCCUACGUUCAGGAAAAUGCUGUGGCCAGUGUGCUGGCACUCUACUACACUUUCCACACUGCUCGUCAGCGGGAUCGAACUGGCGUAAUGAGAGUUCUGGGUUCGUUGGCGGGAGCUGAGGGGCAGCGGGCCUACCAGGAUCCAUUUCUGCAUACACUGGUUGGCCACCUGGCGCUCAUGGCUGAUGAUUUUGCCCAAGAGGAUUUCUGCACAGUUGUUUUUGAUGAGUUCUUCCUCAGCGGCUUGAGUAGCAGUGCUUCUGGAGGCAGCACAACGGCCGCACUUCCCACCACGGAAGGUGCGAGCAGUGCUGCAAGGCAUCUCCUGCGCUUGUUAUGGCAUGUGCAUGCAAAGCUUCCUCCUGCCAGACUUCAAGGCCUCAUGAAGACACUGCAGCCACUUGUCCAGUCCAAUGAAGGUCUAAAGCCAGCAGUUGAAGCCUUGCAAGACAAAGUGAAAGAUUUGACUCCACCAGCACCUGAACCAGAAUCAACUGAUUCUCCUCUUCUAAGUGUACCUGUGCCAACCCCUAUUUGACAAAGGCUACACCAGAAAUUCAAUGCAUUCUUUGGUUGCUCUAUGGCGCGUUGUCUGUUGCCGUUUUUUUUUUUAUGGCAUUUUUUCAGCCAGAUUUGAUCCUGUGAAGCAUGUCUUUUAUUACUCUCUUGCAUGUGGCAUGUCAAUAAAAGCAUCUUAAAAAUA